AGUCCCCCCUCCCAGCGGGCCGCGGUGCACGCCGGGAGCCGUAGUUCCGGCCUGGGCUGGGCUGGGGCGGGGGGACGACGCGUUAUGCGGCCGCCGCCGGGCCCGGAGGAACGGCGGGGCAGCCGGGCCCCCCCCGAAGCAGGGGCCAUGUCGGGGUCCCCCCCGUCGCCCCCCUCGGGGCUGUACCACGAGCGGCAGCGGCUGGAGCUCUGCGCCCUCCACGCCCUCAACAACGUCCUCCAGCGCCCCUGCUUCACCCGCCAGGCCGCCGACGACAUCUGCAAAAGGCUGGCCCCUGACGCUCGCCUCAACCCUCACCGCAGCCUCCUGGGCACCGGCAACUACGACGUCAACGUCAUCAUGGCGGCGCUGCAGGGCUUGGGGCUGGCGGCCGUUUGGUGGGACAAACGCCGGGCGCUGGAGCGGUUGGCGCUGGGAGAAAUCCUGGGAUUCAUCCUCAACGUCCCCUCCAACAUCUCCCUGGGGUUCGUGGCGUUGCCGUUGCGCCGGCAGCACUGGCUGGCCGUCCGCCAGCACCGCGGCACCUACUACAACCUCGACUCCAAACUCCCGUCCCCCGUCCCCAUCGGGGGCGAGGAGGAGCUCAGGGCUUUCCUGCGGGAUUUCCUCGCCCAAGGGCUCUGCGAGGUUUUCCUCGUCGUGCCGCGGGCCGUGGAGGAAAGCGGCGCUUGGCUGAGCCCCGAGUGACACGUCACACGCCAGCGGGUGACAACGAGUGACACUGAUGGCUGACACCGGCCACCCUCCACUUUGGGUUGAAACCCCGACGCUUUGGGACAUCAUCCAGGCGCUGCUCAUCCGGGGCAGAGGGGUUUGUUUUGGGAAGCACGCAAUUCCCUGAUUUCACCCCAAUUUCGCCUCUGUCACUAUUUUUCCUCUGGGGGCACGUGACGGGGGGUCAUGUGAUGGCACUUGGCAUCACCUCAGGGUGCACGGAAUGGGCUUAAUUACCCACGAGAAGGUGAUUAAAACUGCUGGGUUUACA